GUAACACGCCCCCCAAACAGCAAUCAAGGCAUAUUUAUUUUCCAUACGGCACUUCACACUAAGCAUCCACAUCCUCAAUUCAGUAGUCACUCGAGCUAGGGUCACGACCCGCGUCCAGUGUUUAGCCAUCUGUCUACUGCGGUUUAGCUUACGUAGUAACUAUUUACUAGUCUGUGGCUAAGGCGGGAAUGGCGGGUCACGAGCGUUGGGGCAAUCAGAUCGAGUAUCUGCUCUCGUGUUUAGGCUAUGCUGUCGGCAUUGGAAAUAUUUGGAGGUUCCCCUAUCUGUGCUACCGGAAUGGCGGGGGCGCGUUUUUAAUCCCAUAUCUCUUAACGCUGUUUAUUUGUGCAAUACCAUUAGUAUUUUUGGAAACGACAUUGGGACAAUUUGCUAGUUCAGGAUGCAUAUCAGUAUUUAACAUCAAUCCACUGUUCAAAGGGGCCGGCUACGCGGUGAUAAUUUUAAACGUUAUAGCGGUAACAUACUUUGCAGUCAUUAUGUCAUACCCGAUUCUGUACAUAUAUCAUUCCUUCAGCUCGCCACUGCCUUGGCAAGACUGUGGUAAUUCAUGGAACACUGACAAAUGCGCGGAGAUUACUAGCACUUCAAGUUUAUUAUACAAUGGUACGGCAUCGACACCAGAAGAUGAAUUCUUUCAUAUUCGUAUCCUGCAAAUGUCUCCAAGUAUAUCCCAAAUCGGAGGAGUAGUGUGGCCAGUGUUCUGGUGCAAUGUAAUUUCCUGGAUAAUAGUGUACCUUUGCAUUUGCAAUGGUGUAAAGAGCGUUGGAAAGAUCGUAUACUUCACCGUUUUGUUUCCAUAUGUGGUAUUAUUUGCAUUACUAAUACGAGGAACUACGUUACCAGGAGCUUGGCAAGGCAUCUUGUAUUAUGUAUGGCCCGAUUGGAGCCAAUUAGCUAAACCAAAGGUAUGGGCAGAUGCAGCGACCCAAGUGUUCUUUUCUGUAGGCCCUGGCUGGGGAGGAUUAGUCAGCAUGGCCAGUUUUAACAAUUUCCAUUACAACUAUUUACGAUCGUCCAUAAUAAUACCAGUGAUAAACUGCGGCACGAGUAUUUUGGCGGGUUUCGUAGUGUUCUCGGUGCUAGGUUUCCUGGCGGGUCGGGCGGGUGUGGGGAUAAGUGAGGUUGCCUCCGCGGGCCCGGGGUUAGCCUUCGUGACAUACCCAGCCGCUGUGGCCAUGAUGCCCGUGCCUAACUUCUGGGCGAUCGUGUUCUUUGUUAUGCUGUUCUUCUUGGGUAUUGAUACAAUGUUCGUAACUAUAGAAGCAGUGAUAGCGGGUAUACUAGACGAAUUUCCUCAACUUAGAAGGAGGAAAAAACUAAUAACAUUUUUAACGUGUGUAUCGCUCUUUUGUUUGUCUACCUUAUGCACUACACAGGGUGGUCUCCAUAUUAUCAGUCUCUUGGAUGCCCACGUGGCUAUAGCCAGUGUGCCUCUGGUAUGUGGCUUGGAGCUUAUAGCCGCGGUAUAUACAUAUGGGCCUAGGAACCUAGCUGAUGACGUAGUGUUCAUGACUGGAGCACCGUUGAAUAGAAUCUGGAUGGUGUUGUGGAGAUAUGUCGUGCCGAUUUUGUUGUUGAUUAUAACAUCUUACUCGUUGCGAGAAGCGACUGGUCUCGGGUGGUGCGUCGCAUUAGCGUCUGUCAUCUUCAUCCCCGUAUAUGCAGUGAUACUCGUAUUAAAAACUAAGGGAUCUUUCUUACAGCGAAUACGAAUAAAUUGCCAGCCGAACAAAUUGUGGGGUCCAACAGAUCCUGAAAUAAGACUGCGUUGGGAAACUUUCAGAAAGAAAUCACUUGUUCUAGAAGCAGCGUCUGAUAAAAAUACAUAUUGUGUUAAUGGAUGAAUUU